GGAAAUUGAUAAUGUGCGUUUGCGCAUUUAUUUGUUUUUAUUUAAGUCCCGCCAUGAUUGCGGUAUUUUGCACAAAUUAGUAAUUUAUUUAUCAUCAUGCUAUAUUUUUCUUUUUGAUUGAACUGCCCCCUCCCCCCAGCACCAUUGCUGUACUGAUGAUGAGCACGCAGGCCCCCACAUCGGCGGAUGCCUGCCUCAGCAUCGUGCACAGCCUGAUGUGUCACCGGCAGGGCGGCGAGAGUGAGAGUUUCGCAAAGCGCGCCAUCGAGAGUCUCGUCAAGAAGCUGAAGGAGAAACGCGACGAACUCGACGGACUCAUAACGGCCAUCACCACCAACGGAGCCCACCCGUCCAAGUGUGUCACCAUACAGAGGACCCUGGACGGUCGGCUGCAGGUGGCUGGACGGAAAGGUUUCCCCCAUGUCAUCUACGCCCGCAUCUGGCGCUGGCCGGACCUGCACAAGAACGAGCUAAAGCAUGCCAAAUUCUGUCAGUUUGCCUUCGACCUGAAGCAAGACAGUGUGUGCGUCAACCCCUACCACUAUGAGAGAGUGGUGGCCCCUGGAAUAGAUCUGUCUGGUUUAACUUUACAACAUGCAGGUCCCCCCGGCCGCCUGGUGAAGGACGAAUAUGGCGGAGAAAUCCACAUGGAUCGCAGACAGUCAGGUGACGGAAACGACACGGUGCAACACCAACCAGCCGAAACCUACAGUCGGAUUAUGGGUGCAGACUGCUCGAGUCAGAGUUCGUCCACUACUCCGACGACGGUUCCGCACCAAGGGCAGGGAAACCCGGCGUCGGUGAGCUCCCUGUCUGGACCGGGCAGUGCUGCGUCAGGGCCUGGGAGCGUGUCUCUGCAGCACCCCCUGUCCCCCCAACCUCUGUCCCCACCAUCCAACCCGCCAUCGGCCGGUCCGAGCCUCGAUCUGAACCGACCCAGUUCCACGACAACGUGGGUUGGAGACAGUACGGCUACCUAUGCUCCUAACCUGACUGCAGCUCCGUAUUGGAAUGCCACACAGAUGUCUCCGGACGUUCAGUCUCUUCCUCCCCUAACAACACAACCAGCCCCAGAGUUCUGGUGCACGAUAACGUACUUUGAGUUGGACCAGCAGGUGGGUGAGACGUUCAAGGUUCCGUACAGCUGCUCCACGGAGACCGUCGAUGGCUACACCGACCCAUCCAGCAUCGACCGCUUCUGUCUCGGACAGCUGUCCAACGUGCACCGGACAGAGGCCAGCGAGAGAGCCAGACUUCAUAUAGGCAAGGGGGUGCAUCUGAACUACCGCGGUGAGGGCGACGUGUGGAUCCGGUGUGUCAGUGACCACAGUGUCUUCGUUCAAAGCUACUACCUCGAUCGUGAAGCCGGCAGGGCGCCUGGCGAUGCCGUUCACAAGAUCUAUCCCAGUGCUUUUAUAAAGGUGUUUGAUAUCCGUCAGUGUCAUCGGCAGAUGCAGGAACAGGCAGCAACCGCGCAGGCAGCAGCAGCCGCACAGGCAGCAGCCGUCGCAGGGAACAUCCCGGGGUCGGCCGCGGUUGGAGGUAUAGCCCCUGCUGUGGGUCUGUCAGCGGCAGCCGGUAUUGGUGUCGACGAUCUACGCCGCCUGUGUAUCCUGCGACUGAGUUUUGUGAAGGGCUGGGGGCCGGACUACCCGCGGAAGAGUAUUAAAGAGACGCCGUGCUGGAUCGAGGUGCAGCUACACCGCCCCCUACAGCUCCUGGAUGAGGUCCUGCAGUCGAUGCCCCUCAACGACCCCAGGCCGCGCGGAUUCUUCCUCGGAUGAGGGGAGAUAACGCCACAGAUCUGCGAUGGAGAAGGACAUGGAUAAUUCAUCAAACAAAUAUGGCGGCUUUUUUUCUCUUUUUUUGGCAUUUAGCAAAUUAUUGCCAUUUUUAAAUGUUAUCUGCGGUGAUUUAAUCUGACAGAAAUGCAGAUGGUAAUAUGGAUUUAAGUCUGGUUGGUUGGUGGGGUGGAGUGGGUGGUGGAGACUAGUUGUUGAUUCCAUCUAGAGGGGUGACCGGUUGUUAUGUUGCCAAAUAUUUUCCUGUUCGUCAUUGUUUAGGAGAGCUUUUUUGCAGGACCAUAUGAGCCUCUUUAUUUUUCAUCUGUGACUUGUUAUAAAUUUGUGACUGGUGACAAGUGAUAACAUCUGCAGACUUCAAAUUAGUGGACUGUUCCACUAUCCAGUAUGGGUUGCAGGUUCUGACCGAGAACAAGUGUGAAGACAAUGAAAUUGGUGAUUCCACUGUGUACAAGUAGGGAUCACAAGUUGUGACGGUGAUUACUCUGUAGACAUGAUAAAGUGGGUUAUUCCACUACUGUGUAAGGGUUGCAGGGUGUGACAUGCUUGUAUUUAUGCCAUUCAGUUAUAUGAAGCUGGUAUUAAUGUUAAUAAGAAUACUGGGGAAUUUUGUUAUAUGCUUCCUUUGAACUGUUAAUUUUGGCAUGUCGUCGCAUGUUAUGAAUAUAGGAGUCUACCAUU